GAGCAUGAACUUCAAGUUAUGCACCGGUGGAGGGGAACGGAUCAGGUCAGUAACCUUAUGGUGAAUAACCAUGAGUAACCCGUCAACAUCAGCAUCACCUCUUUUCUGGAAAGCCUUUAAUUUCCCUCCUUAAUCUUUGACGAACGAUUUCUCACUCGUUUUAAGUCGAAAUUUAAUUUUUUUUGCACAGCUAGAUUAGAUUAAUUGUGCUCUUCAAAAUGAUAUUCACUUUGAUAUAUUUUUCGAACAAAAAAAUUGAGCAAUUUUUUACCAGUCUAUACCAUAUGGUAUUGACUAGUAUUGAAAUAAGAGCAUACCUAUGGUUUGAAAAGCGUACCAUGGUGGUAUGAACAAACCACGACUGUAGGAUGGUUGAAUACAUGAUAGUAGAAAUAUAUUAACUGUCAUUUACGACUUUUAACAUUGUGUACCACAAGAUACCACCCCGUACCAGGGUGGUAUUGUAUGGUAUUGUGUGGUAUUUUUUUGGUCCUGUAAUUUGUCCACCCUGAAAUUUGUAGAUCCAAUAGAUCAUGAUGAACUCGUCCCUUCUGUGUAAACGUUUUCAAAAAUGAAUUAAAAACGAAGAAAAUACCAUAUGGUAUGCAGUUGGUACCGAGAGGCCAUAAUUUUUUUCACAAAAAAUAUUGGAAAUUGAUCUCAUUUUGUAGAGCACGAUGAACUGGUUCCAUCUGUGCAAAAAAAAUUAAAAUCCGAGUUAAAACGAAAAAGAUAUGAGCCAAUUAAGAAAGCUAAGAAAAUAAAAAUGGUCUUUAAUUCUCAAUCUUUAGAUCUGGAUUUUCUAAAUGAAGAGUCCAGAUUUGGUUAUUGAUGGGUGCAUGACCCAUGAUUAUGCACCCUAUCUUGAGCCCCGGCCGAGCUCAUUCCGCCACGAUGAUGUAGUCAACCUACUCGAUGUUGUUGUUAAUCAUUUCACUCCAUGAGUCAAGACGUAAAUUAAACUAUAGAGUAAAAUUCAGUGUUAUUAAAGCCGAGCCGAGCCGCUCGGCCCGACCGGUAAAACCACCACCCGGUCACAAAACCGGCUCGGAAUAGUCUAAAAGCCGCUCCGGUUUUAUGUAGCGGUUGGCGAGCGGCCGAGGCGGUUAACCGUUCGAGCCGAUCGAGCCACUCGUCCGGUUUUUGCCAUUCAGCCACUAAAUUUAAUUAAAAAAAUUGUAGAAAAUUGAAAUAAACCAAAAACGUCGGGCUCUCAAAUUGAAUCCUUAUUUCCAUUUCACAAUUUCGAAGUAAGAGAUGAGCUCUGAUUAAGAAAUGUCCGCUAUUUAUACUGAUAACGUUUAUUAGAUACCGGUUCUCUAACGGUUUUUAAACGGUCUAAUGCCGGUUGGACUGCUAAAGUGCGAGCCGUUCGCAUUACCGGGUCAUGCUCCGGUUCGGUUCUGACAAGAUUGGUAAAAUUAGCAAAAGCUUCUAGCUAGCUAGACCAGAAAAACUGAAAAAGUACAUUAAUUGAGUACUUGUCGAUCCAUCCCCUUUUCUCCCUAGCCUAUAAAUAUCGACUCUUUCCAUUUCAUAAUAACAUCCACAAGCAGUACUCAGUAGUAGUAUAUUGUUCCAUUCCAUACCAAUCCCCCAGCUACAAGAGAGACAGAGAGACACACCAUGUGUGUCCUUUCAAAGUUGUGCAAAGACGUGAUCACUAAAUUCAUCCACCAGGAUUUCCAUGGAGUCGUUGCUAAGAUGUCAGUCCUCGAUGCUUUCUGCUUCUUGAUUGUGCACUCCGUGGACAAGAAGAACCUGUGGCACAAGCUGCCGGUGAUUUUGGGUCUGGCUUACCUGGCGAUUCGUCGGCACCUUCACCAAGUCCACAACUUGCUCAACGUCGGUGGGCAGCUCCCCGGCGACGGUUUCGACCCGGCCGAUUAUCCUUACAGGACGGAAGACGGAAGGUAUAAUGAUCCCUUCAAUGGAGUUGCAGGCGGGCAGAACACUUUCUUUGGAAGAAACAUGAUGCCCUCUGCUGAAGACAAGGUGAUAACGCCACAUCCUGCCGUAGUGGCUACGAAGCUGCUAGCAAGGAGAUCUGGUGAGAAAUACAAGGACACAGGGAAACAGUUCAACAUGGUUGCAGCUUCUUGGAUUCAGUUCAUGAUCCACGACUGGGUUGAUCAUCUAGAAGAUACCAAGCAGAUAGAACUGAGUGCACCAAAAGAAAUCGCAGGCCAGUGCCCUCUCAGUUCAUUCAAGUUCUAUGCCACUAAGGAACUUCCAACUGGCUCCAAAGACAUCAACACUGGCACACUCAAUAGGCGCACAUCUUGGUGGGAUGCAAGUGUGAUCUAUGGGAGUGAUGCGGAAAGUGGACAGAAAGUGAGAGAGUUGACAGAUGGGAAGCUGAAGAUAGGUGAAGAUGGUCUUCUUCAGCAUGACGAAGAAGGGUUGGCCAUAUCAGGAGACAUUCGUGGUACUUGGAUUGGCACCACAACCCUGCAGGCCCUUUUCAUCAAAGAGCACAAUGCUGUCUGUGACAUGCUCAAGAAAGAGUACCCGGACUUGGGAGAUGAAGAACUAUACAGACGAGCAAGAGUGGUGACUUCUGCCGUGAUAGCCAAGAUACACACCAUCGAUUGGACCGUCGAACUCUUGAAGACGGAUACACUGUUAGCCGCGAUGCGACUAAACUGGUAUGGACUUCUGGGGAAAUGGUUCAAGGACACAUUUGGCCACAUCGGAAACGAUAUACUUGGAGGUAUUGUUGGCAUGAAGAAGUCGGAGAAUCAUGGAGUUCCAUACUCGCUAACCGAGGAGUUCGUCAGCGUUUACAGAUUGCACCCGCUCUUGCCUGACGAAUUCCUCAUCAGGGACAUUUCAUCAAGUACUGAUGAAGAAGAAUCAGCAGCUUCCAAAGAGUCCCUUCCUGUGGCUGAAAAGCUGCCCAUGUCGGAGUUGAUAGGCUCGAAGGGAGACAAGGCUUUGUCAGAAAUUGGGUUCACUAAGCAAAUGGUGUCCAUGGGCCACCAGGCCUGUGGGGCUCUUGAGCUAUGGAACUACCCAAAUUGGCUUAGGGAGGUAGUGCCCCAAGAUCCAGAUGGCAGGGAUAGGCCCGAUCUUGUGGACCUGCCAGCUCUCGAAGUUUUUAGAGAUAGGGAGCGAAAAGUUGCGAGGUACAAUGACUUCCGUAGACGGAUGUUGAUGAUACCUAUAUCGAAGUGGGGAGAUCUGACGGACGACCAAGAAGCAAUUCAAGUGCUCACUGAGGUUUAUGGCGAUCGAAUCGAAGAACUGGAUCUUCUAGUCGGACUCAUGGCAGAGAGAAAGAUCAAAGGGUUCGCCAUAAGCGAGACUGCAUUCUUCAUAUUCCUGAUCAUGGCUACGAGGAGGCUGGAGGCUGACAGGUUCUUCACGAGCCACUACGACGAGGAAACAUACACAAAGAAGGGUCUCGAAUGGGUGGACACGACUGAGUCUCUUCGACAAGUGAUCGAUCGUCAUUAUCCUGAAAUGACCAAGAAGUGGAUGAACUCCGCCAGUGCAUUCAGUGUCUGGGAUGCGCCUCCGCAAUUUGAAAAGCACGUUCCUCUAUAUCUUCGAAUUCCAUGAAUCGUGUGACUAAUAAAGUUCAUUAUUAUGCCGUCAAUGUUUUAUGUUAAUUUCAAGUCCUUUGGUGAAUAAAACUAUAUCAAUGCUGUAAUGUCAAGAGUUAUGUUUGGAAUUGUUUUUUCUUCUUCUUCUUCAGAUUGGGGUAAUUUGGACCAGCAUACAUUAACAAUGUUGGCAGUGUUGACUUGUUCUAGUUCUUGUUGUUGGCGAUUGGAUUGGUGGAAAAUAGAGGAUUGUGUCUGAUAAAUAAACAAGAAUCUCGACCAUUAUUCUGCACGGAUUCUAAUAUUCCUAUAAGGCCUUUUUUCAGUCCAAGAAAACUUUACAGUGAGUUUCUUUUUAGUUUUGGGUUAAAGACACAUUUGGUCACUGAGAUUACUAAAUUAGGACAUGUUUA